AUGUUGACCAAAUCCCUUGCAGAAAAGCCAUAUCUAUAUUUUGAUCUUGUCUCAAAGCUAUCAACGACCAUUCUCGACUGCUCUCCCGACCGUGAAGCCCAGCUCUUUGCGCCUGCUCCCGAGACGUUGCACUGGAUUCUCGAACUCGAUGCAUACGAGAACUGGAUCGGACCAUCGUGUCGCCCUUUGUGGCUGCGUGGCCAGGAAAAGUCGGACAUGACGGCUUCGCUGCAAAUGUUGGAGAGGCAGGCGCGACAGAGAUUCCCAUAUGCCAAUAUCAUCAAGUACUCCUUCAACGCCAGCGACGACCGCUCUCGAUCGACACACAGAAUGCUUUGUUCUCUCAUCUACCAACUUGUCAUCCUUGAACCCGCCUUGGCUGGGCGUGUUGAGAAUAUCUGCCGGUAUGCGAUAAUCAGCAGCGAGCCCUUUAGUGUUGAACAUCUAUGGGUGCUCUUCCGCUCGAUGCUCUCCUGUCCUCACAGGGGAGCUCGUGUCACCAUCUGCUUGGUCAACAUGAUGGACGAAUGCGACCCUCGUCGCAGCCAGUUCCUCAACAGCCUCCUGUCCUUGGCCGACUCGGAAACCACACCUCGCUACUUUCGACUGGCAGUCACUUUUCGUGAGGCUCCCGAUGCUAAUUUCAAUUUCGCCGCUGAUGCCAUCAACAUUGACCCGAGAGUAGAAGACCAAGACCCUGACAAGACGCAGAGGGAGUUGGAAUCCAUGGCCGCUCGCGAGGCUUCUUCGUUGUUGCAAGCUAGACCGGAGCUCGCUGAAUUUGGCGGCAUCGUCUAUGAGAAACUGGCAGCUGCCCGAGAUGGCUUCACCGUCUCACUCACGGCAGUAUUGUUGAAGGGAUGCCAGUGGCCAUUGACAUACCCAGAACUGAGCUCUCUACCACACACUCCGUCCGAGCUAUAUCAACAUUUUCUCCAGAGAAUACCCAGUCAGCAACAAGCCUGGGCAAGCCAAGUAUUGUCUUGGGUUGUCCUUGCCUUUCGGCCACUCAAACUGACGGAGCUCGCCGUCGCCUUGCUUCUUCCAAACAACGACCUCGCGUCAAUCUCGGUGCAGCAGAGGGUGAGGCUCUUGAAUCUCGAAUCUGAGCUCCGUCGGGUAUUUGGGAACUUGAUCCAGAUCCAAGAUGGCACUGUCUUGCCGGUACACAGCAGCCUUCGGGAAUACCUUGUCCAAGGUCGAACGGGCCACCCGGACAGGCCUUCGCCACUCCUCUCCCAUGGGCAUCAUGUACUGGCGGAGUCGUGUAUCCAGUACUUUGGGCUCGUGACGGUGCAAAAACAGCAAGCAGGUCCCGAGAAGGAACUCGACGUUGGAGACGACUCAGACGAUGUCGACGGGCCUCCAAGGGGACACGGGUACGACUUUCAUGGGUAUGCCGCCCAGUAUUGGUCCAAGCACUACAACUCGGUGGAACGGGAAGACUUUCCAAAGCUUCGCAAAUUGGCAUUGGAGCUGCUGGAGCUGCAACCAGACCCGGCUGCCUCGACUGAUGAGGCGCUGUCGUUGAUGCCGCCGUCACGCGUCUGGAUAGAUUCGGCCUGGCGCUCCAAGGAGCCGCUUUCUGUCGCUGCCGCACAUGGGUGUCAUGACAUUGUUGGUGCAAUGGUCGACGAGGCGAGCCUGAGCAGCGCGGCCUGCUCUUGGGCGCUGGGCCCUGCCAUGAUGAAUAGAGACGAGAAAAUGGUCAAUUACCUCCGGGCAGCUGGCGCCCGGCAUCACGAGGCUCUGCUCCAGGCUGCCCGGCAUGGCUUGGACUCGGUGGUGCGCCAGCUUUUGAAAGAAGGGGCUCAGUUCGUCACGAACGAGGGCGAUCCGCCAUUGCACGAGGCGUCUGAGUCUGGGUAUGCUGGAGUGGUGAGACAACUGAUUGAUGCGCAUUUCAAUCCAAACGCCAGGGCAUACAAAAGCAUGCCUCUUCAUCUCGCCAGUCAGUUUGGCCACGUUGACGUGGUGGAGGUGCUUCUAGACGAAAAAACAAAAGCCGUCAACGCCGUCAAGAUUGAAGCACUGGAUCGUGACGGCCUAACUCCUCUGCUUGUGGCCACUACAUGCCAGCAUGCCAGCACAGUCAAGAAACUUCUCGAAUUGGGUGCCGACAUUGACGCGAUAGGCGAGGGGACCAAGACUUCAGCCUUGCACAUUGCCGCCGAGCUCGACAGGGAAGACAUUGUGGACAUAUUGUUGACUCACUACGAGGCACUUGGGAAUAAGGUCGGUAACUUGGAGGCUCUCCGAACCGCCAUCAAGAGACAAGACAAGCGCCUGUACACGCCGCUGCACUCGGCCGCAGCCAAAGGCAGUGUGGAAGUAGUAAAGAAACUUGUUGGCAAGCUGCGAGUCAGUCAACUGAACGAGGAGGCACUGUUCAUGAUGCGGAGUAAGGACGGAGAUACGCCCCUUCAUCUUGCGGCCCAUGGUGGCCAUGGCCAUGUGAUAGACGCUCUUCUUGAAUGGCAAAGGGACACGACAAGGGCGAGCCCAGGACUCUGUGACAAGCCCAACAUUGGCAUCGCCAAUGAAGCUUCCCGACUUCCCAUCCACUUUGGCGUCCUCUGUCGCGAUGCAUCCAUCGUCGCUCGGCUUUGUUUCGAGCAUCAAAAACACCAGGUCCCUGUCAACUUGACAGAUGCCGAUGGACAGAGCCCCCUUCAUCUCGCAUGUCACGACGGCCUAGCCGACAUCGUCGACAUCCUCCUGAAGCAUCAAGGCUGGACUGACGAAGCGAACAGAGACGGCGCCACGCCUCUUCUUCUUGCGUGCGACCUCGGGCACCUGGGAAUUGUCAGCAAGCUCCUGAGCCACGGCUCGAGCCUAGAGGUGGCCGACUCGCGAGGUCGCCGCGCCUUACACAGGGCCGCAGUCGCAGGGCACCCCGGGUUAAUUGAGAAAAUUGUCCACGCCUCGCCCAGGCCCGUCGUCAGCCAUGUGAACUUGAGAGACAACCGCGGAAGAACACCACUUUACCUGGCGGCAGGCUGGGUAAAUCGCCAAGCAACGAAAACGCUCCUGGAUGAGGGGGCGGACGUCAGGCAAGUAGAUAACGAGGGCCGAAGUGCGUUGUUUGCCGCGUGCAUGAGUGGCCGUGCCGACGUCGUGGCCAUUCUGCUCCGGAAGAUUAGGGACGAUAUCAAGGACGUGGAGGGGCACGAAUCUGCUACACGCCCAGGCCUUCUCGAAUGCUUCUAUGCCCUGCUAUCACGGAUGCCGCGACGCUGGGCUGUCCAGGAAGAUACCGACCGGACCGACUCUCCGGAAUGCCGGGCUGAGACUCUGAUGGACCUUUUGCGAUUCCCCCAUACCUGGGACAGCGGCACGUGGGAGGGCAUACUGCAUCUCGCUGCGGCAAAGGGGAUGGCCGCGGUUGUCGAUGCUGCCUUGGGCGUUGAAGGGCUCGAUCCCAAUUGCUGUGACGAUCGAGAGCAAACACCUCUGAUCAAGGCGGCUGAAGGCGGGCACUAUCAGGCGUUGGAGCGUCUCUUACGGGAUCCCAAUGUUGAUAGAAGUCGCAAGGACUGGUCCAAAUUCUCAGCCAUUACUAUGGCAUCUUUAUGGGGGCAUCGAGAACUUGUCGAGCUGCUUGCCUUGGACCGACAAUGUCUCAUGGAUGCCGAAACUUACGCAGACGUUUUGCAGUGUCCGUACGGACUUGAUGUCGCCAAAUUCCUUCUGGACCGUGUCCACUGGUAUUACCCUCAUCGCAGCUCUCGUAAUGUUUCACCGCUAGAUGCUGCGAUGAGCGGCGCUUUAGAGGUGAGGAACCACGAGCUGGUCUCUUUGCUUGUGAAUCGAGGCGCAAACGUCAACCACACCGACAGCAAGGGAGUCACGCCGCUACAUAGCGCUGCGUCCCGGCACGACGCCGAGUCGUGUAAAUUUCUCCUGCAGUCCGGAAAAAUAUCCAAUGUAAAUGCUCGAGAUAAGGAUGGCUGCACGCCGCUGCACAUGAUUGCGAAUGACAAAGGCCAAGAGGGUUUGUCAGGCCGACGUCAAGACGUCUCCGCUGUCAGAGCCCUGUUGGAGGCCGGUGCCAAGGUAGAUUGGACGAAUGUAGACGGGAAAACAGCCCUGUUCGUCGCAACACUCUGUGGGAAUCUUCCUGUAGCCGUGGAGCUCCUCAAGCACGGGGCGAAUCCGGUCGCUGAAACGAAUGACGGGCGGACGCCGCUGCAGGAGGCGGCCAGGAGAAGCACCAGGUUUUUCCAGCUCAUGCUAGAUGAGGUCGACAGGAGGAAUGAAUCAGCCGAACGAAGGAACUUGUCUCGGGACAGUCCGCUCACCAUCGCGGCCCGGGAGGGCUGCGUGGGCGUCGUCAAGGCGUUGGCGAACAGAGACGACGUGGACGUCAACAGGUGGGGAGGAGAUCUGGUACUUACACCUCUGGGAAUUGCAAUACAUCAACGCCACAGAGAAGUUGUCGCGGUCCUCCUUCAAUCCCGGAGGAUUUCCUCGUUGCAUGCCCAGCAACACCUGCUCUGGGAGGCAGCCAAAGGGGGCAGCCAGGAAAUCCUGGCGCUAUUGAUCGACCACGGUGUGCACGCUUCAUGUACAAGCUCCGAACUGUGGAAGCUUGCCAUGUGGUCCGAAAACGCUCGCCUCAUGGAAAUCCUACGGAGGUCAGACUUUGGCAAGACCAUGCGGGAUGAACACGGCUGGUCGCUCGCAUGGGUCAGAUACGUCAACCUCCCGCAGGGAAGAGAGCAGGAGAUUCCGCCCGAAACGUCGGGCCUGUGUUGUUUCCCACCCUCCCGCUGGGUCGAUGGACGUCUAGAGCGUUGCAGGAAUUUGGAAGUGCCACAUAUGACUCCGGCUCGGAGCCGCGCCGGACUUGAGCUCUGUCCGACGUCGUUUUCAGGCGAAUUUACCCUUGUACUUGACCGGCAAAGCACCCCUUCGUUUACGACGGACCAUCCCAUCCCGCCAGUCGGCGAGUUUGCAUUGGAAAUUGACAUCCUGGAACUUGGAUACCACAGGUGA